GUCUUAUAUCCGUGCAGUACAACAAAGGUUGGUGCCUCAGAGGUUAUCCAAACGCAGACAUAACGCAGCAGCAAGAAAGAUCACUUUGAAUCGAAGGGACUCUGUUCAGCUUUGGCAUCUCGGAUCAUUCAGGGAACAUGUCUCUCCCGGAUCGCCUGGCACUUGUUACGGGUGGAGGAAGCGGCAUAGGCAAAGCGGUCUGCCAUGCCCUGUCGAGAGAUGGGGCUAUAGUCGUUGUGGCUGACAUCAACUUGGACGCGGCAAAGGCAACGGUUGCUGAGUUAAAAGCUGCAGGUAAAGACCACGUUGCACUUCAUGUGGACGUGGGCGACUCCACCUCUGUCGCUACCCUAAUGAACAACAUCGGCUCUCAAUCCCGAACUCCACUGAGUAUCGUGGUUACCUGCGCUGGUGUGGCCGAGUGGCACUCUGUCGUGGACACAACGGAGCAAGAUUACGACGCACAGAUGCGAGUAAACCUCAAGGGGACCUUUCUAGUAAACCAAGCCGCUGUCAAGGCCAUGUUGGAGAGCAAAGUGCCUCAGGCCGCUAUCGUAAACAUAGCCAGCAUUGUGGGCAAGUGUGGUUUUCCUGGCCUCGCCACCGCCGCAGCCUCCAAGGGCGGCGUCAUAGCGUUCACCAAGUCCCUGGCCCAAGAAUUGACCGGAACGAGCAUCCGCGUGAACGUUCUUCUGCCGGGAGGAACGCACGCUCCCCUACUGGGUGUUAUUCCUGAGGACGCACAGAAAGCAGCUCUCGCUACGUGUCCCAUGAGGAGGUUCGCGCAACCCGAAGAAGUGGCCGAAGUGGCCAGAUAUCUGUGCACCUCUGGCAGCUCCUACAUUACAGGCACCUGCGUGGAGGUCGCCGGUGGAAUGGGCGCUUGAGACACGCGUACGACCAGCGGAAAAGAGCUUCGCUUUUUCUGUUGACUUAAUAAAACUGCGAUAUAUGUGUUGCUUUUA